AUGGCCCCGGCCGUUCCCAGACUGCGAAUCCUGUCAGUGGGCGGUAAUGCCGUCUCCGCCUUCUUAUCGUGGCGUCUCCAGGCUACCAACGCUUGCGACGUCACCCUCGUGUGGAAGUCUGGUUUCGACAGCGUAGCCCAAUACGGCAUCACAUUCAAAUCCGCUCUCUAUGGCAAUGAGCGAUUCAAGCCAUAUGCCGUCGUUAGAACGCCAGAGGAUGCCGCCCAUUCUUCCAAACAGCCUUUCGAUUACGUCCUCCUUUGCGUAAAGGCCCUGCCCGAUGUAUAUGAUAUCGCCAACAUCAUCGAAUCUGUCGUUUCCCCACAGCACACCUGCAUCCUUAUGAACACCACACACAGCCUCGGCGUAGAAUCCUAUUUGGAACAACGCUUCCCCACCAACGUGGUACUCUCGUUGGUAUCAGGAGCAGAAAUUUCACAACUUGGCGCUAGUGAAUUCGAACACAAGGGCGCAACCGAUAUCUGGGUCGGCCCUGCCAACAAGAACGCUGCUAUUCCGGCUCAGAUUCAGUCGGACAUGGCCGAAGCUCUGGCUAUGACACUAAGCUCGGGACAGGUCGACUGCAAGGUAUCGCCUAACAUUCGACAACAGCAGUAUGAGCGAAUGAUAGGGCCAAUCGCCUUCCAUCCUGCCAGCAUCAUAUUCGAAACAGCCAACCACGCCGAGCUGAUGGAGAAGGUGGGUGUGCGUGCGCUCAUCACGGGAGUGCUCGAUGAGAUGAUUGCACUCGCCCAAGCGCAAGAGUGCUCCUUUCCGGACAACUUUCGUGAAAAGACGAUUCAAGAAAUGACACAACCGCAAGAGAACAAUAGCACCAUGUGGCUGGACUACGAGGCGAGGCGGCCAAUGGAGAUUGAAACCUAUCUCGGAGCCCCGCUGAAGCUUGCCAAAGAAGCUGGCGUUACCGUGCCGCGCAUCGAGACCCUCUACGCUACUCUCCACCACCUCAACACCGUCAAUCGAAACCGGCCAGCUGCAGCACCCGGCCCUGCUCCCCAGAACGGAGUGCAAGGGCCUCCUCCACCAAGAAUGUCGUCUGCUCCGUUGCCGCGAGGACCUCCAGGCGGUCCUGGACCAGGAAUGAAUGGCAACGGUCCUAUGAAGGGUGGUCCCCGCCCCGGAAGUCGAGCCCCUUCCAUUAAUGGCGUUCCUCCGAUGAUGCGUCGAGGGCCUCCUCCCGGUCCCAAUGGCUACCCACCAAGGAUGAAUGGUGCGGCAAACGGUCAGCGCCGCAACUCACUCGAGGAUGCCAACCUCGAGGAAUUCUCACACUUGAUGCUGUACGACGACAUGGUCAACGAAGGCGCUCCCGGUGGAGUAGGUGGGGGACCGUACGAAAGUGCUGGCAACUCGUCUGCCAACCUUUCACUCCGUGAACGAGAGCUCAUGCUCAGGCAAAGAGAGCUACAGAUCCGAGAACAGGAGAUGAAUAUGCGCCGCGGACCUGCACCUAGGGGACCACCGGGUCGCGGUCGUCCCCCGCCUCCAGCCUCUGUCGCCGGUUAUGAUGAUGAGGACGACGAGGACGAUUACUUUGAUCCCAUGGGAGGCCGUGGCGCAGGACAGAUGAUUGACCCGGACAACUUUGACAUGAUGAGCGUCACUUCGCGACGCAACAAGUCAGCUCCCAGUGCCAAGCAAUUCCGCCAGAAUCCAGAGAAUGGCUUCAAUCCUAGCCAGAAUGGACGAUCAAGAAAUCUCUUUUCGCGUCCUGGUAUGAAUAAGAACCGAACUAGUGCUCGGAUGAUGGCAGAUGUGCCAGGCCUACAUGAUUCCAUCAUGAACAAUCCUCUGAUGGGCUACUCCUCCAACCGUUACGGAGACGUCGACCGUGGAGCCAUGGGUGCGCAGUCUAGGACCAACUCACUGACCGCAUCGCGUUUAGAUGAGCUUGCGGGUGGUGGUGGCGCCAGCUACGGUGCUUACCCGACUCCUGUUCGACGGGCAAGCCAGUCUCCUGGCAACCCGCUCAGUCCUCGUCCCACGGGCCGUCGACCAUCGCCACCAAACGGAUACGCGCCCAAUGGCGGGCCCCCAAACGGAAUGCCACCUAAUGGACGACCAUCGCCCCCGGGCAUGAGACAGCCUGUUCCACGCCACCCCCCUGGUAUGGGCAACGCAGUGGCGCCACAACAGGUUGAACAACACGCAGGGGUGAGCAACCUUUACCCACCCAAGUCUCGUCCUGUUGUUCGCAGUCUGACAGGUAGUGCCAGCGGCAGUGGCAGUAGUGGUGCCAGCGCUCAGAUAGAUUCGGAAAACUCUGCGCACAGUAGCCAGAGUAGCCUGGGACCACGUCCUCCGGUCGGCGUUCGGUAA